GCGGUCCAAUUUCAUCGAUAUCCGAGGCAAUGCCCACGUGUGGGGGCUGCCGCCACUGACCCAAGUUCCCAUGGGAUCUUCGUCUGGGAAUCAGCAGUUGUGUCUGUGAAAAACAUCCCAUUCACACAUUCUCGACAACGCAUGGAUCUAUGUAUUAGACGAGCACAUGGCAGAACCCAUUUCUGUUGACCCGGCAGAAGUCUGGGCCGGGGUCGACGGCAGCUGGUCGAGCUUUAUGAUCCGUGUAGGGACUCCCCAACAGUGGUUCAGUGUUCUUCCAUCCACGGCGAGCCAACAGACCUGGGUACCAGUCCCGGAGGGCUGCGAGAGCAGCAUCGUUGGGAACAUCAGUGAUUGUGGAGAUAGCCGUGGGGUCUGGCCUUUCGAGAGUGAAGAAAGCAACGGCUUUCAAACAAACAAAUCGUCCACCUGGAAGGCCAUCGGGAUCUACGAGCUGUUCAUCGAGGAGCACCUUGGCAUAGACGGGAGAGGGUUGUUCGGGUACGAUUCCGUGGGCCUGGGCGAAUCAAGCCCGGCGACAGAGCACCAAGUUGUGGCUGGUGUUGCUACUCCGAACUAUUGGGUUGGAUUGCUUGGACUUGGUGCGAAUUAUACGAACUUCUCCGAGGAAGAGAGACCGUCGUCUCUGCUGCGGACGUUGAAAGACGAGGGAAAUAUACCAAGCCUUUCGUACGGCUACACGGCCGGAGCACCAUACAGGUAUUCCAAAGUUGUCGGUAGCUUAACCCUUGGAGGUUAUGACUCCACUCGAUUCACCGACAACACCAUUUCACUUCCGUUCGGCUCCGAUUCAGAACGUCCAUUGGUCGUCGGUCUGCAGUCAGCGAUUGGGACGGAUACUCUGGAUGGGACAGUCUCUCUAUCAGGCGUUGGCAGCGGACUACUUGCUGUCAUUGACUCAACUGUUCCAGACUUAUGGCUGCCGCAGGCGUGGUGCGAUCUCUUCGAAGAUGCCUUCGGGCUCCGGUACGUUGAGGAGACAGGUCGGUAUCUGAUUGAUGACGAACAGCAUACGGAACUGCAGCGACUUCAGCCCACUCUCACCUUCGCACUCGGCGCUAGCACCACGGGCGGCACCAUCACCAGAUUCGACCUCCCCUAUGCCGCUUUUGAUCUCGAAGGGCAAUACCCUGUUUUCCCCAACGCCACACGAUACUUUCCCAUCAGGAGGGCAUCAAAUGACUCGCAAUACACAAUUGGUCGUGUGUUCCUCCAGGAGACAUACCUGACAGUGGACAGUGAGCGGGGCAUUUUCAAUAUCUCCCAGGCCAAGUUUUCAAAUCCAAUGCCUUCACCCGACCUGGUCGCAAUACUGUCACCAGACGCCGCGAACUCGACGACAGGCAACAGUUCCACGACAACAGCAGACCCACAGGCCGCUGAAAGCGGAUUGAGCGGAGGCGCGAUCGGCGGAAUAGUUGCUGGCGCUGUAGGCGCCCUCAUCAUCCUGGCUGCAGUCAUGUUUUGGUGGGUAAGACGUCGCAGGGCUCGCAAUCAGCUUCGCAAGUGGCCAGACGCAGAGCCCGCGGAACAAAAUGCCGAGAACUCGUCGCUGCCGAAAUAUGGUGGUGAACUCAUCGGAAGCCCUGCAAACGUUCCCGAAUUGUCUGAUGGGAAGACGAGAACGGACACGGCAUCUCCAAUGUCGAGGUACGGGACGGCAACUGCCACUCCGCUCUCAGAGGCGGGAGGCAGGGAGAAAUACGAAGCGGAAGGGAGCACGACAUUAUUAGAAGCGGGUGGGGUGCAGAGAUUCGAAGCCGAGGGGAGCCCGCCCGCGCACGAGGCGGCAGGGACGCCGAGAUUCGAGGCCCAAGGGGAUACGCCCGUCUACGAGGUAGAUGGCCGCCCGCGUCACCGAAUCCAUGAGGCAGAGGGCAGCAUCCCGAUAUAUGAGCUCCCGGCGAGUUAACCAGGCAGAACACACCAAUGAUGUGUGCAUAAUGCCCUGAUUUACAUUCAAUGUAUACAUACACAUUGC